UUUCCAAAUUUAUCGGGUUAUGCGUCAAAUUUGUGAGACAAAAUUAUUAAUAAAUGACGACAACAAAUUUAUCUGAUUUAACUACCACUACAUGAAUAUAAUUAUUCGGUAGUGUGUCCUCAGAGUCCGAAAAUAAAAUUAAAAACUAACCCUCAACAACAACCCUGAACUAUUUAGAAAUAUGACAGAACAAUGAGAAAACAAAUAGAAUACAAACUAAUUUUUGUCUCUUUCUAAUGUGACAAAUGCAUUUUUAUUAUCAGCUGAUAUUUUAAUCAACACAAAAAUUAAAAAUAUACCACACAAAACAAAAUUCAAUGAAAAAUGGAAAAUCAAAUAAAUGCUGAUAAGAUAAUCGAAAAAUCCAAACAGUGGACUCUCGAAGGCGACUGUUCGCUGCUUCAAUGGAUGAAUCAGAUCUCGAAUAAUCUCGAGGAGAGAGUAACGAAAACCAGCUCAGCGUUAAAUGAAAUGUCUACCAAGUUAGAUCGGACCUCGAUAGCCCUGAGCAAUGCAACAAAUAAACUUGCUGCUUUGCAGUAUUCAAAAUUUGUUGAAAACCGAGUUCAUGAGGAUGAUGAGACUUUGGCAAAUCAAACUAAUGCUCCAUGUGAAGAGGUCACCGAUAAAAAGGACAUGAGUCAAGACAUCUAUCCGUUUUUGAAGAAAAAUGUAGAAAUGAUGAAUACGUGCCAUGAAGCGUUAUCAAUCAGUUAUGAGGAUUCAGACGAUGAUGACGAGGAGCCUGUAACAAGUGUUGUUUAUCGCUCGAAAAAUCCUUACGAAGCUCGUCCCUUGCCUCACAUCUACGGUUCGACAAUGUGGAAAGAAAAAUGGCACAUUGGUUUAUGUGACUCUGAUAAUGACUUCUCUGGCGAAGAAAACUCUGAACAAUUCUCUGAAUCAUCCUCGACCGCAGAUGAUUCCUAUGAAAGUAAUGCUCUAACCAUUUCUGAGUGGGACUCUACAGCUUGGGGUUUAAAUACUCAACACCACAGUUCGGAAAGAAAAGACCUGCGAACCCCAUCGAAUGAUGGUGAAUCCUCGUAUCAAGGUGAAGACUACUCUCAAUCCAAGGUAUCGACACCGAGAACUCAGAGGCAUGCUCCAAUUGCACAGCAACCAAUUCAAGAUCAUCGAUACUAUGUGCAUGUUCCACGGCGACAAGAAAAACUGUUCGAUGAUAUCUUUGAUGAGUCGAAACCACAGGAAGAGGCUUCCUCUCAAGUUGUUCCUCCUCCGCAAGUUAUUCCGCCACAGGUUGUGUCUGCUCCGCAGAAAAAAAUCAUUCCUGAAAGUUAUAUUCCGAAUGAGCCACCGCCGGAUGAGCAAUCAACUGAGAGCGACAGUAAUCGUCGUGUGGGAGCAAAAAAAACUUUGAAUUUAUUCGACGAUGACGAAUUUAGCUCAUUCAUGGAUCAAAUUGUUGAAAAGGCUGCAAAUAAAAAUGUCAAACCAAAUGAACAGCGAAAUGUAGAAAAUCCAGAACCACCACCGAAAAAAUCAGUGGUCCCCAACCUCUUCGAUGACCAUAUUCCUCCUCCCGAUGAUGAUGAUGAUUCCCAAAAACUGAAGCAGCCUAAGAAAACCCUUGCUCCAAAUCUAUUUGAUGAUUCAAAUUCCCCUAAGCAAAAAGAGCCCAGUAGAGCUGUGGCUCCAAAUCUAUUCAAUGAUUCCGAUGAUCUGUUUAGUUCCUUGCCUAAGAGGACACAAGAACCUCCUAAGAAAAUAAUUGCCCCAAAUCUUUUCAACGAUUCGGAUGAUCUAUUUCCACCCACAGUCAGAAAAGAACAACCAAUUGUGCAGAAGAAACUAGAAUCACCGGCAAAGUCUGAAGAUGAUGAUGACAUCUUCAAAGCCACUCCGCAGGCCGUGAGUGUGAUAGGGAAGACUAAAAUAAAGAAUCUCUUCGAUGAUGACGACGAAGAUGAUGAUUUUGAUAAUAUUUUUGCCUCGAAACCAAGCACAAGUAAACCGUUCACUCAGGCAACAAAGAAUCUCUUUUCAGAUGACUUAGAUGUGCAACGAGUGAGUGUGGUACCUCCUGUGCAGGAUAAAUCCGUUCCUAAGUCCAGCAAAGACCUCUUUAAUAACAAUUCGCCUCUGGACAUUGAAAAUGCCACUAAUGAUCCAUUACCAAAGGAAUCCCCUGUUGUUCAAAAAAGUCUUUUUAAUGAAAGAAGUUCGGUAGCUGAAAAACCGGCGAUUGAUCCUGUGCUAAAGAAGGAAACACCGAAAGGAAGUUCACUGCUUAAAAAAGGCCUUUUCGAUGAUUUUGAUGAUUUGGAAGAUGAGGAUGAUAUAUUCUCUAACAAGCCGGCGAAGAAGGAUCCUUUUGAAAACCUAUUUCAGAAGGAAAAACUUGAGAAGAAGCUUCCAAUUAUUCAAAGUAAAACUUUGUUUGGUGAUGAUGAUGAAGAUGAGAAUCAAGAAGAAGAUUCAAAGGUGCUUGAAUCAAAGAGUUCAAAGGAAGAGACAAAGAGUGAAAAAAGUAAACCAAGUUAUUUGGAAGAUAUUCCUCCCAAAGAUGAUACCCCUACUGCAGGAAGAACCACAGAGAAAACACAAGUCAAGGAUAUUUUUGCAGAUGAGGACCCUGAAGAUUUCGAAGACUUCAUCUCUACAACGCCUUUAAAAUCUGAAAAAUUAGUGGUUGAAGAUUAUUCUAAGACUACGAGCCAACCAACGGAAGGUAUUCCUCCCCCAAAUGAUAUUCCCAGUCCAAGAAAAAGCACAGAGAAAACACAACUUAAGGAUAUUUUUGCAGAUGAAGACCCUGAAGACUUCAUCUCUACAACUCCUUCAAAACCAGAUAAAGUAGUGUCUGAAGAUUAUUUGAACAUUUCCGAUCAGCCGGCGAUGAAACCUAUUGAAACUCCAUCUACAAAAGUUCCAGAUGAACCCACAAGUAUUUCAGUAGCAACUCCAAGACCACCAGUCAUUGCUCAGAAGCCAGUGGUUGAUAAGGCAUCGAAGCCACAAGUGAAAGCUUUCUCAAAAAAUAUUGCCACAGAAGAUCUUUCUAAGGAGAUCAAAGAUACCACUAGUGCCUUAAAUGCUCAGAUUGCACCGGAAAAAACAAAAGAAGUGCCGACACCUUCUUCAGAAGCUUCUCUUCCGAUCUUAAAACCUUUAGACGACGUUCCUAAAAUAAGUGAAGCUGCAAAAUCUGAAAUAGAUGGUGCUUCGUGGAGUUCUUCCAAAAAAAACUCCACCUUAGAUGUUAAAGUGUCAGAAUCUUCUAAACAUUUGGUCUCUAAAACCCAACAAACUAAAGUAAAGGACGAAGAAAAUACUCAAACUAAAAUAGUUCCCAAAGCAGAUGGAGAAAGAUCAAAACCGGUUCCUAAACCAAAGCCAAUAGUAGUAAUUGAAGAACAGAAGGAUAUUGAAACCCCGCCUGAAGUUCCAUCCUCUGCAAAGAAAUCAUCAAUCAUUCCAAGCUAUACAAGUCUCUUUCAUGAUGACAUCCCUCCUGAGGAUGAGAAUCCAAAUCCAACUUCAAACGAGGAAUCUCCACUGCACCAGGUCGAAGAGGAUGUUGAAGUUAAACCUUUACCUUCGGCUUCUUCCUCUUCAGUUCCUUACAAUAGCUUAAAUCUCUUUGCUGAUGUUCCACCAGAUGAUGACUUCACAGAAUCCACACCACCAACCCCUCCUGCAGCGUCGGCUGUAGUGACACCGACUAAACGAAUCCACAGCAUUUUCUAUGACGAUUUUAAUGAAACCAUCGAAGCGGGUCGGGAAAUGAGAACACCUCCCAGUUACAUGAUCAACGAUGAACCUCCACCAGAUGAUAAUAAAGACUCGAAACCAGUUACGUCGGAAAUUAAAAAAGAGAAACCACAAGUUUCAAAAUUGAAAAAGAUGAAUAUCCAAAUCAAUGUUGGAGCUUUGUUGCCUUCCGCAAAAUUGCCAUCGUUUAAAAAACCCGAACCAGUUGAGAAGAAACCACAAAUUGAGAUUACACAAAAUGAACAAAAUACUCCUAGUGCGAGAGAUGAUCCUGCUCCCAUAAGUAAGCCGGCAGCGCCAGAAACAACAAGAGAACUCCCUGAGAAUAUUCUACCUAAUUUAAAUAAAAAUCGUGCCAAGGUUCAAGUAAAGAGAAGGCCAUCGACUCGAAUGGGAAGAAAAGAGAGCUACAGGAAGUCCAUGAUUGAAGAAACUAUCACUCAAGAAGAAAAUGAAGUAGAUAGCUUUGAAAUUCGAACACAAGAAGAAAUCUCUAAGAAGGAUUUUUCGGUAGACAAUAAAAACUCUAAGGAACAAACGCCUCCAAAAGAUCUUGGAGCAUUUGAUGAGAAAGGCGAGACCACUGAGGAGUCUAAAGGAAGUCUUAAUAAAUUACCCGACGAAGCAACUCUUUUUGAAGAGUCGGAUAACUUUUUCAGCAAAUCUGUGACUUCUUCUGGGGCUUCUUCAAAAGCUACAACAACUAAGCUGCCUUCUCUGUUCAAAAAUUCUGAUACUGAACCCGAUAGUAUUUUCGCAACCAUUAAAUCGAACACAGAAAAAUCAAAAAUUGACUCUUCACCUUCAUUGUCUAGUAAAAAUUUAGAUUCUCUCUUUGAUUCAGAUGGAAUUGAUGAAAAUCCAUUUGGAACACCUAAGAAUUUUGUAACUCCCUCGAAAACUUCGCAAGAAUCGAACAAAGCGCCUCAAGAAACGAAAUCCAAAUUGGAUCUUCUCUUUGACUCCGUACAGCCGAAAGAACAAACCCCUAAAUUUGCAUUCAAAACAACUUCGAAAUCUCUGUUUGGUGAUUCAGAUGAUGGUUCGGAUGAUGAUUUGUUUAAGGGAGCAAGAGUUACUAAGAAACCAGUAUCCCAUAAAAAGCCAGAACAAAAACCGAGUUCGACAAAACAAACUAAACCAUCAGCUUCAUUGUUUUCGAGCGAUGAGGGUAGCGGAUCGGGAGAUGAUAUAUUUGGAAAAGUCAAACCUAAAACAGUUACGAAGAAAAAUGAGAUUGCUAAGGAUAAGACGGCGGCUGCGGCGGCGACUUCGUCGAGUUUGUUUGCUGAUUUAUCAGAUGAUGAUAGCGAUAGUCUCUUUGGCACAUCAACUAAAGUCAAUAAAUCGAAAACAAACCCCACGAAGAGUCGGACGCAGUCAACAAAGCAACCCAUUUCAGCACAACCGGCUGCGGCGAAGACAAUAAGUAGCAAUCCUUUAUCUGAUCUUUUGGGUCCUUGAGCAGACACCACCAACAACAACAAUAACAAUAAAAAAAACUUAAAACAUUCAAAAUAGCAGUUACAUAUCUUAUUAUUUUUUGUUUUUGUAGUUUAUUAAACUUUCAAAGUAAAAAACACAGAAUAUUCCUUAUUAUCUAAAUGCAUUGCAUAUUAUUAUAUAUUAUAUAGUUUAUAAACAAUAAAUAAAUAAAAAUAAAAUAAUAUUUUUUUAAAAAUACAUAA